AUGGUUCUUAUCCAAAACCUUCCAGUAGAGCUUUUGAGACAAAUCUUCGAAUCCCUUACUGACUUUGAGGAGGAACCCUUGGAUCUACCCAUUAGAGGCGACAAUGCGAAUGAUGCCACCGAGGACAAAUUGGGAAAGAAUGAUAGCGGCGAUGAUGGUAAUGAUGACGAUUUUGACAAGCUGAAAGAUCUUCGCAGUGUUUGCUUGGUCUCGCAAUUUUUCCGCGAGCUAGCCCAGCCGCUCCUGUUUCGCGACUUCGAUGAGGAUGGCUUGUCUGGCAGUAUGGCGAAGAUUGUCUCGUUUACUCGAUCUCUUUAUCGCAAUGCAGAGCUCGGAAAACACGUGCAGCGCAUCUCCAUCAUGAAUCCAUUGGCAUUGGGGCCUUUUCAUGUGGAUAUUGAGGACGAGGAUUCCGAGUUAUUCAAUGAUGCAAUUCUCAAGUUGCGAUUAGCCGACCAGGAGCAGCGAGUCUGGGUUGCGGCUACCCAAAAAUCCGACCUUAGCGUCUACAUAGCCCUAAUCGUCAACAAGACCCCAAAUCUUCGUCAACUGUGCCUGCCCGGUGGUGAAUUUUCAAUGAAGCCUAUCAUCCAACUUUUUGCCCAAAAUCCGUCACUUUUGCCCAAUCUCGAGCUUCUCUGGAUCGACGCUGACGAUGAAAGUGCCGGCUACCCUAUCAUGGCCUACGAGGAAGUGCUCACCCGUCCCAAGCUUGCUAACGCGAACUUUGAGUAUGGUGACCUCGACGAUGACAUGUUCCCGGCUUCCUGGACGCCUAGAACAUUAGCGAUGGAGGAGUUGGCAUUCCAUCACUGCUAUAUUGACGCUAAAGCCCUCCCAAAGCUUUUACAAGCGUGUAAGACAUUGAAGUCGUUUGGGUAUGACAACUUUGGCUUGGACCCACGGGAUCACCGAACGCCGACUUCAAAAGAUGUGCCGGAGUUUAACGCUACGCAAGCCCACGAAGCCCUGCUUGGACACAAGGACACUCUGGAACACUUUCAUCUAGCGUUUGCAUGGGAACCAUGGGAUGUUGAGAACAUUGCCGAGUAUGUGUCGAACAAGGUCAAAAUCGGCUCUUUUCGCGACUUCAGCGUGCUCGAGACCGUUGUCAUUUCACAUGAGCUUCUUCCACCACAUCCUCAAUUCCCCCCAUCGCUCAAAACACUUCACAUCACUAACUGCAAUCUGUCUAUUCGGGAUAUGGCUAAGAAUAUCGCGAAUGACUGUAAAAAAGAUCUAUACCCUAACUUGACCGAUUUUAUGGUACUUGCAGCAGACAUUACUCGGCCCAUUAAGUUGUCAGGGCAAGUUAUUCCGCCGGGACAAACACCGGAACAAUGUUUUCUCAGUCUAAAGAACAUGUUCAACGGAACAAAAGUAGACUUUCGAAUAUGCCCAUAUAAAUUACCUGACUUUGAUGAUGAGCCCGAUGAGUCUGAUGAGUCUGAUUUUGAUUACGAAGAUGAUGACGAGUUUAUGGAGGCACACGGUCAGGGGCCGAGCCAGUUUGCAGGACUGCUUCACAUGAUUAUGCAGCAUUCGUUAGAGGAUCCAGAAUCUGUGCCGAAGGGAUUCUUUGCCACAAGUGAUAAUUCAUGGGAAACGGAGAGUGACGGUUGA